UUUUUUUAUCUCUCUCUCUCUGGGAAGAAAAAGUAUUGUGUUAUUCUAAAAUAAAACGUUACAUAAAGACCGACUUUGUGCACCUCUAUUUUCAAUUAUACAACAGAAUUGGCUAAUAUGGGGGGGAAAUAUCCGAUAUCAUCAGUGUUGGCUUUCAAAGAAAUAAAGAUUAAUAAUAUAAUUUAAUUGCAAUUGAAAUACCAGCACCAAAUCUGACUGAUGUCUCCAUUAGGUUGAAAGAAUUUCUAAGGGGCUAUUUGGUUGCCUUUCCUGUUACGUUAAGCUGAUUCAAUAAAGGAGGAGAGGAAACAGAAAAGAGCUCUGUCUCUUUAAGAAGGGGCUGUCCUCAAAAAGCUCUGGUGACUGAGGAAGUGGGAAGCAAUCUUUCCAUUUGCAUGAGGAGCAGCUGACAUCGGGCAGAUAAAACUUUCCAUCUGCCAAGUUAACAAGCAGGGAGUUCCCAUUACAGCAAGUAGUAUUAGCAAAGGAGGAGGUUGAAGAGGAUGUGAUGGCGACCGGAGAGCUGAACCCCAGUCACUACCCUGCUCAGAGGGCAGCCAAAGUGGUCCAACACUACCUCAACACCCGCUACGGCUCUCCAUACAGGCUGUACGGACAGCAGAUGGUCCACAGCGGAAACGCAGAGGAUGUGGCAGACUCUGGAAGAAAGUAUCAGCUGGAGAUUUCAGUGCAGGAGAUGAUCAGCAAUACUACAGAGAAAUGCUCUGCAGAGGUUUUGUUUCCGAGGGGAGAACAGCAACGCUCAGCCCAGGUCCAGGCCUCAUGUGAGGAGCUCCUUAAAAUCAACACUAAAGAUCAAGAAGAGGCCUUGUACCAGCAAUACAAGACGAACCAAAGCCUGCUGUCUGCGCAACAUUUACCUGAUCGCUGCGGUCACAUGGAGCCUGACAUGAAGCCUCUCUGGCACCUGUGCAUUGUGGCCUCCAGCUUUGUCAUGCUGAACGAAUCCACUGAAAACACUCUGUACAACAUGGCUCAGGUGGCCAACAUCACGCAGCUGGCAACUGAGAACGACCAGCUGAAGUUUGACUGUCACAUACUGCUGCAUGAGAUGGUGUCCCAGGAAAUCAUUCACUGGAAACUGCUGUUCACGUGGUCUCCUCCAGAGGGAGUGAAAGUGCUGCAGAUGGAACAGCUGCCGCACUGCCAUCAUUGCGAAAAACCUCCAAAUACAAACUAAACGGUUGACACUCACCACACUGUUAUAACAACCAAAACCACAUCUUGUAUUCAAACAUAGGAUGAUACUGUGUAUUUGGUGAUGCUGCAAGCACUAAGCCAUGAUAUGCUGCUGGAGCUUGCAGCACAAACCUUUGAACUACAGAAAGUUUAGACUGUCAAAUAAAUAAUAAAUGUGAUGAAUCAAUCCUUUAUAAUGAUGGUAUGCUUACAUUGUGCUAUUUUUAGUCCUUUAGUCCUUUGUAUUGCUAUUGUAUUUUAGCCAGAAUAAACAGUUUAUACAGAU